CUUUGUUUUUAAUAGCGCUCUGUUGACGUACAAAAUGAAAUUGUUGCUUGUUGCUGGCUUAAUGUCUAGUGAAAUAAGGCGAUGGCUUUGAAAUGCAAUAGUACCAUUUUUACUUAGUACUGUUUUAUGUUUACGUUGAAUUUACAUCGGCCAGUCAAGGUUUUAUAACAAUUUCUUUAUUAAGCGAAACCUGAUUUUUUAGGCAAGGUGUUGGUGGAAAAGUAAAAGAACCCCGUGUUUUGAUUUGCUUCUGAAAAAUCUGGUGUAAAUAUUUAUAAUUAUAAUUCUAUUAUUUUUAUCGGGGAGGUGAUGAUAAAAUGAAGAAAAGUAAACAAUAAUAUUUUUAUAUCCUUAUCAAAAAGCGAGUGAUCAAUUAGUUAUUAAAGAAACGAAGUUAGAUGUUUAUUGGAAGCGAAAUAAAAGAUAAUAGGAAUGUCUCAUCAAAAAUAAAUGUGCUAAAGUUUGAGCAAUGGAAUCGGAGGACGUCUUGAGAUAUUACCUUGAUGAAGUAAAGGAUACUCAAAAUGAUAUUAGCAAUUUAGAGGAGGAGGAACAUAUUCCUAACGAAGCCGAACAGGCCACAGAUUUUCUUUUGAAAGUCGGACUAGAAAACUUGAGUCAGUUUCACCAGCAAGGUAAAGAGAUUCCAGAGAAUGUGCUGAUCGACUCUGUAAAUCAGAGGCAUUUGACUGAAAAACAGACGCAAACAAUCCGAUCUCGAGUAGCGACAUUAAAUAAAACUUUACGAAACAGACAGCCCAGGAGGAAACAUAGACAAGAUGUGAGAGAUGUCGCCUGGGGGAACGUAGAGACUUCUAGUACAGGAUCUCGUUCAAGAAGCGCAACUCCAGACUCUCUGGAUUCUGGGGAUAAUCCUAACUCAAACAACGAGGAUCUUACGUCAGACGAAGAUCAACAGCUUUCAUCCUUACCUCCAUUCACCUCAGAUCAUUCGACUCAAGUUAACCAAAAAUCUAAAAUAAAAUGGACUUCAAGUGAGCCUCUUCAAACGAAAAAAUUCACCAAGCACGAUAACAAGGGAGACAUCGCUCACUUGGGCUCUGAAAAUGUCGUUUUAAAAGGGUACCAACAGCUAACUGAGAAUGGUUCGUUACCACGACCUCAGAGAUCAAGGAGUGGUAGCGAUCCUACUACAGAAGUCCAUUUAAACUCACAUAAACACCAGGAAUUAUUUAGAGAGCCAGAAAAUUUUCAUACUCAGCUUACCAGAACUAAUAAUAUAGUCACCACUCAUAAUAAUUGCAGUACUGUGUACAUCACUCCCAUAGAAGUGAAUGAGGAUGUCACAUUAAGUUUUGAAGGUGUCAUUAAACAAAACGAAAAUAAUAACUUUCAGUCCACUGAAUGGCAGUUGGAUGAAGGCGUGUGCAUUGAAGAAUUCAGCGAUGUUGAAUAUCAACAUCUAAAACCGCUGUUAUAUGUUGAAGUGGUUGCCAUAUUAGAUCAUUAUCACAUAAGCUAUCAUAAGAAAAAGGCCAGUAUCAAAAACAAAGGCGGUAACGUCUUUGGGGUUAACCUCACUUCUUUGGUGAUGCGUGAUUUGGCUCGUCCCACUGACAACUCCAUGGUACCUCAAGUAUUUCAAAGUAUAGUGGAACAUUUGAGUAGCAGGUGUAUCAACGAAGAUGGCAUUCUAAGACUGACUGGUCAGAAGCAAAAAUUAGAACAGCUCUGUCAUGAAAUCGAAUUGAAGUUCUAUAAUAACAGGAAGCACGUUGAAAAGUUGCUUAAGGAAGCUACAGUUCACGAGCUAACGGGUGUUCUGAAGAAGCUUCUGAGAGAUUUACCAGAUCCGAUAUUCACCAUGGAAUUGUUUGAUAUGUUUUAUAAAACUGGCUCAAUACCAAAUAUUGAAGACAAGGUCAGGGCUCUGAAUUUGCUCGUUCUAAUGUUACCCAUCGAGCAUAGGAACACUUUUAGGCUUUUGUUGCAAUUCUUUUUGAAAAUAAUCGAAAAUGAGAGUAGGAACAGAAUGGGGUUAAGGAAUGUCGCGAUGAUCACGGCGCCAUCUUUCUUUCCUCCUAAACUACUUCUGCCCAAGGAUAAUCGUAAACACUUCGAUCAGAAAGUAACCAAUGAGGAAUUAGCAAAACAAAUCAACGGUGCGGCUGUGUGUUGCUGUAUUAUGGAGACUUUGUUAAAGACAGGGGAUAAACUAUGGACAGUGCCCAAUUAUCUGGUCUUUCAAGCCAGAGAAGCUCAAAAGAAAGCUCAGGUUAAAAAGGAUAUGGGAAAAGACAAAAAACUUCGAUCUGCUAAGACCAAAUUGGUGAGAAGUAGUACUCAGUAUGAGCCAGGUGCUAUGAACGUGCCUAGAAUGAAGAAGGACUUUUUAUUUAAUAUUUAGACUUAGAUUAUUAUUAACUCAUUCCUUACUAUAAUAAGAACCACAUAGGCGUACUUAAAAAAGAUUUUUGAGCAAUUUUAAUAAUUAAAGGCGACAAUUAUUUAUCCGCGUGAUUAUAAUUAUAAUUUGUCUUAAAUUUUAAGUGAAAAAAAAUGUGUUUGAAAUGUGAAAUUUUUUAAAGCAGUGUGGUUCCUAAAUACUGAUUCAGAACAGUGGGAAAGAUUACUCAAAAAUAUUCAACCAAAUACCCUUAAGUAUCAGGAACAAAUAGUAUUAAAUUUAGUCUGUAAUGUCUUAACUGUUGCUCAUCAAUAACUUUUACAUUGUGAUCGUAACUUUAUUAAUAUUUAAUACUUAUUAAAAAUAGUUUUUAUGUAUUGUGCCAAAAUAAAGACAUUUUAAAU